AUGGAAUUUGGAUGUAAAUGUAGACUUGCCUUAUUUCCCUUGAGAGUAGGGUUGCACAUUUAUCGGAUUUCAAUCCGAUCCGGAUCGCUCUCUUUUUCUUUCAAAUAUGGCAGGAAUCGCCUAGGCCGCUUCGAUGAUUCCUUCAAUUUAGGCUCACUCAAGGCCUACCUUGCCGAGUUUAUUUCAACUUUGGUCUUCGUUUUUGCCGGCGUCGGCUCCGCCAUUGCUUACAACAAGUUGACAACAGAUGCAGCCCUGGAUCCUGAUGGUCUAGUCGCCAUUGCGGUUUGCCAUGGAUUUGCUCUCUUUGUUGCAGUAGCCAUUGGCGCCAACAUAUCAGGGGGCCAUGUCAACCCUGCUGUCACCUUCGGCUUAGCUCUCAGUGGCCAAAUCACCAUCCUCAUCGGCAUCCUUUACUGGAUUGCUCAACUCCUUGGUUCCAUUGUUGCUUGCUUCUUGCUCAAGGCUGUCACUGGUGGCUUGACAAUUCCCACCCACGGAACUGGAAUUGGAGCUAUUGAAGGAUUGGUGGCAGAGAUCAUCAUCACGUUUGCAUUGGUUUACACUGUGUACGCAACCGCAGCUGACCCGAAGAAGGGGUCAGUCGGCACCAUUGCACCCAUUGCCAUCGGCUUCAUCGUUGGAGCCAACAUCUUGGCUGCUGGUCCAUUCUCUGGUGGAUCCAUGAACCCAGCUCGCUCAUUUGGAGCAGCAGUGGCUAGUGGCGACUUGAGCGGCAUUUGGAUCUACUGGGUGGGACCACUCGUCCGUGGUGGCUUAGCUGGACUUAUCUAUAGAAAUGUGUUCAUGCACUCCCAACAUGCACCAUUAUCCAAUGACUUUUAAGUUAAAUCUAAGUGACGAAUUCAUUUGCUGUCAUCUUUUAAUCCAUUGGUUUAUUGUAAUAAAAAG